AUGGAUUGCUUGCCAUUGUGUUUUAGGUUCGAUCCCACCGACGAGGAGAUAAUCUUUUAUCUCUACCACAAAGUCUAUGGUCUUCAGCUUCCUUCCAACGCUGUGAUUGACUGUGAUGUUUACCAUGAAUCUCAUGUUUGGAAGAAGCUUUUGGAAGAGAGAAGAGAGGACAGGCUUUAUGUUUUUACCAAGCUUGAUAAGAAGAUUGGACGUUCGAAAGUUGGGAGAGUUACGGAAUCCGGAACAUGGAGAUCGCAACAUGAUAAGGACGUGUAUAUGAGUGUUGAUGGCGGUGAGAAGAAACAGCACGUAGGCUACAAGAAGAGCUUCACGUUUGUGCCGAAAGAGAAAAAUGAAGAAAAGCGUAAAUGGGUGAUGCACGAGUAUCGUCUCCAUGAAAGUUUAGUUCCUGCUAAUAUUAAUCCUUUCGAUCUCUACGUGCUCUGCCGAAUCAAGAAGACGGGAACAAAGGAAGAGCCGAAGAAGAAUACCAAUGGCAGAAAGUUCUUGGCUAAUAAUAAUACUUCUGCGGUGCCAUCUGAUCAAUCAAACUCAACUUUUGCUAAAGAACUGGAGGCGGUACUCAUGGCAGAUGACUAG